AGCUUUCGUUCUGCGAUGGAAUUUUUCCGACGAUUUCUUGGUACCGAGUCAGAGGCGAUUAUCGUUACUAUUCUGUUUUCAGGUCAUCCGAACGUCAAGUGCUACUUUGGCCACGGCGGUCUUCUCGGCUUGACAGAGGGUGUUUACAAUGGUGUACCGAUGGUAUUGAUGCCCUUGUAUGGGGACCAACAUCAGAAUUCGUACACGGCUCAGGCUAGGGGCGUCGCUCAAGUCCUGAGAUACCCGGACUUGAACGAACAGAGUCUGAGACAUGCGUUGGACGAAGCUUUCAACAAUACCAGAUAUCGGGAUAACGCCAAAAAGCUAUCGAGAGCAUUCAAAGAUCGGCCCGCAACACCGUUGGAAACGGCGAUCUGGUGGGUAGAGUACGUCGCCCGAGGCGAUAGUGUAACAUACUUGAAAAACGAGGCUGCGCGUAUGCCGUGGUACCAGCGCAAUCUCAUCGAUGUAGGCGUCUUUCUGGUCGCGGUUGUGUCACUCUCCCUCUACGCGACUUACAAAGUGGCCAAGCACCUUUUGUGCAAGGGAAACAAGACCAAAGGCAACCGCGAUCGAACAGCGUCGAAGAAAAGAGAUUGACGAAGACGAUUAUAAUCUUAGAGUAUGGAAACAAAACACCUGGUUCACCUGAUAUCCUUGUCGCAACUAACGUUUGGAGAAGCCAAUUAUCGGACGCAGUUUUGAAAAUUCGACACGCCACGGACGUUGUCCUUUAAGCAACCGUGCUCCGAAACAAUCGGAUCGAUUCCAUUUCAAACGGAAUUUCGACGACCAAGUUGCGCGCCGACAAUAGCCAAUCAAGAGACGUUUUAUUCGGUUCCCCGUCGGAAAGGAAACUUGAUCGCAACGGCUGGGUGUGGUGCGAGGAGUUGAAACGAACGGCCGCGAUAAAUUAAAUCAUCAGCGCCUGGGGAUGGGCGGCGCGUUCGUAAUCCUGAUUACAGAACUCGGGACGAAAGUCCCUGGCAAUUCUCGCGGAUGCUCGUUCCCAUUUGCCUGUUUCGCGCUCGAAGAACUCCCCGUGCUCGGCACGAGACGGGACAGGACGAAAGACAGACAGUGUCGUUGAGAAAAAAGGAAGGGAAACGAAGAAAGCGUCAACGAGGUGCGCUUGGGAAAACCAGAGAAAGAGAGAGAGAGAGAGAGAGAUAGAGAGAGUAAACCAGCUUUGCGGGCAUUACUCGGUAUUUCCCAGGUGGCCGAGUCACCGACUGCGUCAACUGGCUUCUGCUGGCAACAACGACGAAGAGAACAACGGGAACGACGAGGCACGGUUUACUGCGACGAGGGGGGUUGCGUUGGUUGUAGCUGCCUUCGCGGUCGGGGGGUAACGGUUCCGAGGAGCCGACUGUGUACUCGAAUUCACUCCGAGCCAGCGACUCGAAGACGAAAGAGGACGACGCAGACGUCUACGACGACGCUAACAACCAGUGACGCACCCAGGGAGCAGAUGCACCCCCUUCUGAAAUUCACCGUUUUUCAACCAUUCCGAUUCUCGUAGGCUCGAUUCGCGGGUAGUCGAUCGCCAACCGGUUGUCAUAGUCGAAACGAUAUCGAUGCCACGAUAUCAUCGACGAUCGAAUCAAACGAGUUUGACAUAUUAUCUAUCGAACGUUCGUUGCACCUCUGGUUAAAUUUGUGGGUGCGUUACUGCCGCCGUCGACGACGACAACAAAGACGGAUCGCACCUGUCGUCGUCGGAUUAAAUGCGCGAGGAUGCUUCCCGUUGGUCGCCCAUCCCGCUUCUCGUGCUUCGGGCCCCUUCGCCUGUGGAUUCUCGCAUCGGUGCACCGAUCCGCGUGAGAAACGAUGGCGGCUCAUAAAGAUACAAGCGAAACGAUAAACGCGAACGACGCGUCGCGGUUGAUCGCCUUUGGCACGGCUAUCGGCGAAUCGUCUGUCGUCGAACUCUCUUUAGCCGUGGUAUUCCGAUCCGAUGUCUCGCGAUAUUCGAGCAAUUCGAAGAUUGAAUACCCGUUCGGGAGAAUCGAAAUGCAUCCAAGAGUAAGGCAGUCGAUAUCCACGUUAAGAUUCCUGUACGCCCGAGUAAUUGCGAUCCGUGCAAAACAGCCACGGUUCCGCUAAACAUGUUUCCAAUCGAACCGUGAAGUUGAUUUCGUUUCAACUACAGUCCCCGAACGAACGAUUCGCAGCCGUUUCGACUACGAUUUUCUUUCCUUUUCUCGCCGCCACCGCGACUCCCGACGUCUCCCGGAACACUGACGUGAUAAAAUAUAAAAUAUAAUCGCGGAAUAAAAUAAUUUAUCGACGCGAAACGGCCAAGUUUCGCGAGUACUGGCGGGCUACGUGACCGCGUUAUCACCGUACCCGGGAGAUUUUCAAUUACUCUCGCCCAGUGUGUACACAGAUAAAUCUUUUCAAAGUUUUCUACGCUAAUGUUGCGCCGAGGUGAAAUAUUAAAGCAUUCGCUCCUGAAGCUGGUGCAUUAAAAUAUCUUUAAAAAAUUUAUACGGCAUUAAGAUGCGGCGAAUAAACCGUACAUGUUUAAUAUGUAGUUUAUUUUUGGAGAAACGUCGUUUCAGUGUACGAAUAGGAAGAAAAUAGCUCAGCUGGUUCAUUUCGCAACGAAGUCCGAGCCGGUUCGAUACGAUACAUCGCAUGCGUUAUUAUUUAGCGAUGCCGAGAAUGAUCCAGCGCUGGGAAAGUUCGACGAGAUGACUUAAAAGGUAACUUACCUCCAACGGUCUCCUCGGACGGACAGGCAGCUUUUUAAAAAGCAUUUCGCGGCCCCGGUGAGAGAACGGGGAAUGGAAGAGAGAGAGAGAGAGAGAGAGUGCGAGCAGCCAGAGGAGGGACGUACUUCCGGCGAUACGGCAGUUUUUUCUCAACUUAAUGGAAUGUAAAGUUCCCGAUUAAAUUGCGUCUUUAAGCGAUCCUCGCUGGCGAGAUAUUUUUUGUGAAAAUACAGCCAAAGUAACGGAGAAA